UUCCCUUUGUCCAAUUUCAUCAUCAGAAGAAAAAAGAAUCAAGCCCUGUGGCUGUUAUCAUAACCAAUCUAAACCGUUCCUUGCCUUUGUCAGCACACGAAGCAAAAUCAUGGGGGAAUAACAGACGCUAACAACCUAAUACAUCAUUGACCCAACUAAAUCCCUUUCCCCUUCCCAUACCCAUUGAUGAUCGAUCCAUAUUUAUAGGUAUAACCCCUCUCCAGAAACUCAACACUAUUCAUUGGCCACCUCAAAACCCCACAAACAUGCCAAAUCUGAAGUGGGUUUUUGUGCUAUGUAUCUAUAUUUUCAUCAAUAAUGUCUAUGUAGGCAGCUGUAGCUCCAGUUUUUCUUCAGACCCAACUGCCCAGCAUCUGUUGGAUAGAGUUUCAGAGCUUCCUGGGCAAGCUUUCGAUGUGAGUUUUGCACACUACUCUGGGUAUGUCACUGUCAAUGAGGAAUUUGGGAGGGCUCUGUUCUAUUGGUUUGUUGAGGCUGUUGAUGAGCCUUCUUCUAAGCCUCUGGUUCUUUGGCUCAAUGGAGGGCCUGGAUGUUCAUCAAUUGCUUAUGGGAUGGCUGAAGAACUUGGACCUUUUCACAUUGAGGAAGACGGGAAGACUCUUUAUUUGAACCCUUAUGCUUGGAACCAAGUUGCCAACGUUUUGUUUCUUGAUUCUCCUGUUGGAGUUGGUUUUUCAUAUUCCAACACUUCUGCUGAUUUGCUGACCAAUGGAGAUAAAAGGACCGCUUCGGAUUCACUGACAUUUCUGUUGAAGUGGCUUGAGCGUUUUCCCCAGUAUAAAAGAAGGGACUUUUAUAUUGCUGGAGAGAGUUAUGCAGGACACUAUGUUCCACAGCUAAGCCAAGCUAUAUCAAGGUACAACUCAGCAACAAAUGAAAAAACAAUAAACUUGAAGGGAUACAUGGUCGGAAAUGCUUUAACAGAUGAUUAUCAUGACCAUUUGGGACUUUUCGAGUUUAUGUGGGCAGCUGGCAUGAUUUCCGAUGAGACAUAUAAGCAGUUGAAUCUUUUAUGUGAUUCCCAGUCGUUUAUACACUACUCUGGGCAGUGUGAUGAGGCUCUGGAUAUGGCUUCUAAGGAACUUGGAGAUAUUGAUCCAUAUAGUAUCUUCACUCCUCCGUGCACUGCUAGUUCUAGCUUGACAAGUCAGCAAAAGAAGAGGUGGCGCAUGGUUGGUCAUAUUGGACGGACAUACGAUCCAUGCACCGAGAAGCAUUCAGUUGUCUACUUCAAUCAACCUGAGGUUCAAAAGGCACUUCAUGUUCACAGUGAAAAUGCACCAUCUAAAUGGGAUACCUGCAGUGAUGUGGUAAAUCUUAACUGGAAUGACUCUCCUACCUCAGUGCUCGACAUCUACCGCGAGCUUAUACAGUCAGGAGUUCGUAUUUGGAUAUUCAGUGGCGAUACAGAUUCUGUAAUUCCAGUUACAUCUACCCGGUAUAGUGUAAAUGCUCUCAACCUUACUACUGUAGGCCCUUGGCACGCUUGGUACGAUGACGGACAGGUGGGAGGGUGGACACAGCAAUAUGAAGGGCUCACAUUUGUGACAGUAAGGGGAGCAGGCCAUGAAGUCCCCUUGCAUAAACCCAAACAAGCCCUUACUUUGUUCAAAUCCUUCUUAGCAGGAAACUCAAUGCCAGCAUUUGAGCAAGUCAGUGACUUUUGAGAACGUAUUGUUUUCAAAUAACUCAGGUGUCCGGGCCAAUUUACGCGGAUUCUUGAGAACUUACUUCCACCCAUUAGCGUUUCUUUCCUGAAUUGGAAGAAAGAAAGUUGUGGAAGUGUGGGAUGCUGUAAAGGAGUGGCUUUGUAUUUCCACUGACAUCAUUUGAACACCUGUAAAAACUUGAUGUAGUUACCUGUCCACAAACGAAAAUUUGUUUAUCAGAAAUAAAAGAUUAAGGGGUGUUUGGCUCUAAA